AGUAGUCCCGGCCCCGCCCCGGCUGGGCGGAGGGACGCAUCACGCAGGGGUGGGGAAAGCAGAUCCAUGCGCAGGGUUGCUGAGGGUGAAACUUUUCAUUGACUUUGCUCACUUCGGGCCGGGCGCGGGAAGGUGCAGGUCGUUGGGACUGAGCGUCGUGGGAACCGAGAGGCCAGAAGGACAGGACCUGCCCGACGACUACAUCCAGGGCUGGCCUCCAUCCACCGCGUGACGGCUGCCAUCCUCGGGUCCGCCAUCCCCGCGCCGUCGCCGGCGAGCUCGACCUCCAAAAACAGCGGAAAGAAUCACAUGAGCUCGGUCCUCGUCCCUCUCUACCCUCAACGACGUAAAAGGACACCGUGGCCCUCAGUCUCCCGGUGCCCGGGAAGCCGGGACAGAGACCUCCGUCCCGCGGCCUGCAGAGCGACCCUUUGCGGAGACCCCAAAGCCUCUGGAUCCCAGGAUCACUCACCUCUUCCCGCUGUUGCCCUUGGGCUGUGCACGUGUCCUGUGCGGGUCCUUUGCCUAGAAGAGGACCAUGCAGCUAGAGAUCAAAGUGGCCCUCAACUUCAUCAUCUCCUAUUUAUACAACAAGCUGCCCCGUCGCAGGGCAGACCUGUUUGGGGAGGAGCUAGAGCGACUUUUGAAAAAGAAAUAUGAGGGCCACUGGUACCCGGAGAGGCCGUUGAAGGGUUCCGGCUUCCGCUGUGUCCACAUUGGGGAAGUGGUAGACCCCGUGGUGGAGCUGGCUGCCAAACGGAGUGGCCUCGCUGUGGAAGACGUGCGAGCCAACGUGCCUGAGGAGCUGAGUGUCUGGAUUGACCCCUUCGAGGUGUCUUACCAGAUCGGCGAGAAGGGAGUAGUGAAGGUCCUGUACCUGGGGGAUGGUGAGGUGGGUAGCGCCCCAGAGCUGGACAAGGAGAUCAAGAGCAGCUUCAAUCCUGACGCCCAGGUGUUUGUGCCCAUCGGCAGCCAGGACAGCUCUCUGUCCAGCUCUCCGUCGCCAUCCUUUGGCCAGUCACCCAGCCCCACCUUCAUCCCCCGGUCUGCCCAGCCCAUCACCUUCACUACCGCCUCUUUUGCUGCCACCAAAUUUGGUUCCACCAAGAUGAAGAAGGGUGGUGGGGCAUCGAGCGGUGUGAGUGUGGGUGGCAGUGGGGCGGGCGGCCAGCAGCCGGCGCCGCAGCCUCGCGCUGCCCGCUCACCCACGAAGAACCUGCUGAAGCACAAGAGCCUCUCUUUAUCUAUGCACUCUCUGAACUUCAUCGCGGCCAGUCCGGCGCCCCGGUCGCAGCUCUCCCCCAACGCCAAGGAGUUUGUGUACAACGGCAGCGGCUCACCCAGCCUCUUCUUCGAUGGGGUGGAUGGCCCGAGCGCCAGCCCCGCGGCCCCCUUCGGGAGUAGUGGAGCCGGCACUUGCAACAGCAACAGCUUUGACGUGUCCCAGGUGUUUGGAGGUGGUGCUAACAGCCUGUUCUUGGAGAAAACACCCUUUGUGGAAGGCCUCAGCUACAACCUGAACACCAUGCAGUAUCCCAACCAGCCCUUCCAGCCCGUCGUGCUGGCCAACUGACCAUCUUCCCGUCUGCCAGGCCAGGAGCACACACGACCGCAGGAAAGAGAAAGGAAAAGCCAAACGAAAGAGGCAAAGAAAACUAUACAAAAAGAUUCCAGUCCUCUCAUCCUCCCAACUAGGAAAAGGAUUCGCCUGGGCACGGACGGAGUAGGAGGGUUCCCUAAGCGGAAGUGUUGGCCUCACCCCGAUUGUUCCCGCUGCCUCUGACUUCAUUUGGUUGGUUGGUUUGGAUUUUGUAAUUUUUUUUUACAUGUAGUUUUCUAUCUGACAUCUUUAAUUAGUGGUUUCCUGUGCUGAGUGGUCCUGGUGUGAAUUGCUGCUCCCCACCCCCUCCUUCACGCUCCUUGGCGAUUGGUGUGUUCAGGCUCACUGGGAAGGGACAGGAGCAGCCUGAACGGGAGAGGCUGGCCCUGCGUCCCGGCCCCCAACCUAGCUGUCUUCUCAGGCCCUGCCACCCAAAUAGGUGUGGCCCUAGCCUCAACUCCCUCUCAGGUUGGACCACAGGAGGCUGCCUACUGGCCACUUGACAGCCUCCUUUAAAGCUAAUAUCUGUGACUAUGGGAGGUUAGCACUUUUUCUAAUGAAAUCCUUCUCUGUCCCAUGGCCCCAGCCCUCACCCACUCUUGACCUGGGUAAGAUAUAUGCAGCCUCUUUCUCCAGCGCAGUCUUUCCCUGAGCCUGAGGUUAGGGCAGAGUUUAUAGGUGGGGUAAGUGUAUGUUCUCAUGUAGUAUUCAUGCCUGUGAGUGUGUGGCUUGCUGUCAUGUUCUCAAGGAUCCCAAGCCACACGGAUCUUCCCUCUGUAGAUGUGAUCCUGGGUUGUAUCACAUGCUUAUUUAUGUACAAGGUUGGGUGAUGGACCCAGGGUGGGUUAAUAGUCUGUUUGUAAGGAAGUAUAUGUGUGGGAUGACAUGUGGCAAAGCCUAAGAAACCCCAAGGGAAAACACUGCAUAAGGAACUGGUUUUCCAGAAUGCAGAGGAAUCUGCACUUUUGUUUGUUUUUGACCAAAAAAAACAACAACAACAAAACAAACCUAACUCUGAAGAGUGGGAGGAAUACCCAAGCCUGAUGCCUGAGAGGAGUCCCCAGACUUCAGCAACUCUGCUGUGUGGCCUGAGUCCAGGGGCGGGGCAGGAGAAGUCCGCGCCUGUGGUGGGCAGUCCGGAGCCUUGACUUGAGACUGUGCUUUUUGGUUGUAGGUGUAAAUGCGUUUGCACCCGUCUGCAACUGCUUGGUUCCUGUCUCUUGCCAUACUUUGUGUGCCCUCACCUAGCACUACUUGACCUUGAUGCUGUGAGAUGGCUCCUGGGCAGACAAGAGAAGCCCCCGCACCCCAUCUUACUCCAUUCUCCCCAGGGACUCCCUGUGGCAGUGAGCUCAGCCUAGCUAGACACUGCCUGCCCAGCCCCUCGCUCAAGUUCUAUCUCCAUCUCCCAGCAGGGCGAGCGAGCCAGCAAGGCCCUGCGGUCUCAGCCCAGCACCAUCUGUCCCCAAGUCUUCUCGCUUGCCUAUUGUCUGUCCUCCGCACCCACACAGGGGACAGUCCCGGGUAAAUAACCUCUGUGGGACAAGUUGGGUGUUGCCUUACCCCCUUCCAGGCUCUCCUCCCACAGGAACACAGGUACCACCCGCACCCAAGCCAGCUUGCUUUCUCACAGGGGAGGCUGGAGCCGCCCCUUGUGUCUUUUGAAAUAGGAAGAAAAAUGAGUGUUCAGGAACAUGACUCCUGGCCUGGGCUCUUGGGCUCAGUUCAGUGUCUCAUCGCAAAUCUAGGCAUUUUUGCUUCUAUUUUUUUUUUUUUUAAGGAAAAAAAAAAAAACAAAACUGCACUAAUUUACCUGGUUUCGUAGAAAAACUUUUUUUUAUUUUUUACAUUUUUUGGUGUCCGUUUGUAUUGAAUAAUUUGCUACAUUUGUAAAAUGUAAGAGGUAUAUAUAAUAUAUGUAUAUUUCUAAUGUAAGAAACGUAAUUUUUUUCUUUUCAAGAUUUUUUCUUAAAAAGAGGAGAGAAACCAAUAUUUUUUCAGGAAAAACAAACUUUAAAAAAUAGGAACAUCAACCCUUUUCCACCCCUUUCCCCAUCCUCUCUAUCCCUCUCACCCAGGAGCAGAACAGAAGGUGUAUCAUGGUGUCGGUCGGUCGGGAAUGCCAGCUGUCAGUGCAGGCGCUGUCUCUCCUGACGCUGUAGUCUAUAGCUCUCCUAGAGAUGGGAGCAGGCACUGAGCAGUCAUAGAGAGGAACCGGGGAGCAGGGCGAUGACCUUUUUUCUCUAGUGAAGGAAGAAUGCAAUCAAGACAUUUUGUAUUCAGAACGUUGUGCAAUAUUUUGGAGUGAGACAUUGGUGUGUUUAGAGAUUUAGUUUCAAAACAAAGAUUGAUCAAAUCUGUACAGUUUAUAUUGUUCCAGAUUUUUUUAAGUUUGUAUUAAAAGCAUGAUAUAUAAUA